AUGAUAUUAUCAAUUACAUUUCAAUUAGAUCCAAUUAGUAAUAAUUCAACAUCACUUUCAAAUUCAAUUGACAAUAGAUCAUCAAUAAAUGUAACAGCAUUACAAAUGCAACAAGGUUCUAAAACCUAUAAUUUAGAUCAAAAUUCUUCAUAUAAAACUGUAUUUCUAGCAAUUUGUCAAUUAUUUGGUAUUAAAGAAUCCUCUGCUCAAGAUUAUUGUUUACAGUUAGAAUCAUCAAAAAAAUAUUUAAAUUGGCCACCUCAAUCAGAUGAAUCAAAAACUAAACACAUUGUUAAACAACUUUAUGAAUCUGGUGAAACUGCUUUAGUCCUUCAAUUAAAUCCAACUUAUCGUUCUUCAAAAUGGGUAAAAGCCUUAAAUGAUUCUGAAACAAAUGAAAAAGAUAUAAUGUUUCAUUUAAAAUAUAAAUUACAAGAAAAUGAAUUUGCAGAAUCAUUUAUUGAACAAAAUGGUAUGGAAGGUAUUUUAAGAAUGGUAACAAAUGGUAAAGGUAAUGCACAAACUUAUUCAUUAGCAUCGUUAAGAGCAUGUCUUGAAUAUGUUAGUGCAAUGGAAAUUAUUACCAAAACUCCACAUUUAGUUAAACAAUUGUUUAGUUUAGUUGAUAGUAAUGUUGUAGGUGUUUGUAGAGGAGCAUUGGAAUUAUUAUUUGUAUUAUGUGAUUUUAGAAAAGAGGAAGGUUUUAAAUCGGUUCAUUUAGCAGCUAAAGGUACAGCGGUAGCUCAAGGUAAAAAACCAUAUUUAAAUGUUAUAAAGUUAUUGGAUUCAGGUGAUUUGGAAACCAAAAUCAAUGCAUUCACUUUGUUAAAUGUAUUGUUAAGUAAUUGUCCAACCGAUGAAAAAGUUGGUAAACUUUGUAAGAAAUGGGGUGAAUUAGGGUUAGAUGAUAAAUUACGUUCCCUAACAUCCAUUCAACAACAAGAAUUUCAAAUACAAUUGGAAAUUUAUGAAGAAACUUCAGGUGUAAAUCUUAGAACCAAAGCAAGUAGAUUGGAAGCAAUUUGCAAUAGAUUAAAAUCAAAACUUACAGAAUAUGAAGCACAACAACCAUUAAUAGCAAUUCUUAAAGAGGAAUUGAAAUUGGCACAACAAUUAAUUAAAGAAGCUUCAACUGAUCGUGUUUUCCUUAGUUCUCAUCCAAUGCAAAGAUAUCUUGGUCCAACUAUUCAAUCUUAUCCAGCCGAUCUUUCUUUCUUAAAAACUACAGCGGCUGAACGUGAUAAAAUUAAUGAAUUUGAAAAGAAAAUUUUAGCAAUCAAUGAACAACUUCGUCAAGAAACAAAAUUAUCCGAGGAAUUAAAAAAUCAAGUAUUAGCAAAUAAAAAACAAUUUGAUUCGACAAUUGCUGAAUUAAAUGAAGAAAAUCAAAGAUUAACUCAAGUUGAAGUUAAAUUUAAAUUACAACAAUCAAUUUCACCUUCUCAAGAUUCAUCAAAUAAUCAAAAAGCUUCUUCCUCUUCUUCAAAUACUUCAACUUUAAAUGAUAGUGAUAUUCAAUCAAUUCAAAGUUCAUUAAAAGAAGCAACAUUAGAAAUUGAAAGAUUAAAAUUAGCAAUUGAAGAAAAGAUGCCACCAAAUGAAGCUCAACAAAUUUUUUCACAAUCAUUAAUAACAACAGCAGCAUUUACACCAACCAGUCCUGAUAUUAGUAAUGAUGGUCAACCAAUUUCUGGUGGUGGUGCACCACCACCUUCACCUUCACCACCACCACCCAUUUCUGGAGGAGGAGCACCACCUCCACCUCCUCCACCACCACCACCACCCUCUGGAGGAGGAGCACCACCACCACCACCUCCACCACCACCUUCUGGUGGUAAAAAAGCAGGAGCACCAGGUGCUCCACCUACAGGACCUGCAGCAAUUCAACCAAAUAAACCAGUUAUUAAUCCAUCAAGUAAAAUGAAACCAUUAUAUUGGAAGAGAAUUAUUUUACCACCAUCAAAUAGAAAUGAAUCAAUUUGGGAUCAAGUUUUAGAACCAACAUUUGAUUCAAAAGAUUUUGAAAAUUUAUUUUGUGCAAAGAAAAAAGCGGUAGAUUCAUCUUUAUCAACAAACCCCUCCUCAACAACAGGUAAAGAAGGUGAAAAAGUUAAAUUAGUUUCAUUAGUAGAUAUAAAGAAAUCAAAUUCAAUUGCAUUUAUGUUGGCAAAAAUACCAACUGCCGAAGGUUUAAAGAAAGCAAUCGAUACAGUCGAUAAUUCAAUUCUAGGUAAAGAGAUCAUUAAAACAUUGAUUACAAAUGUACCAACUGAACAAGAUUAUCAAUUAAUUAAAGGAUCAGAAAUUCAUGAAUCCAAAUUGGAUAAACCAGAAAGAUGGAUUCUUGAAAUCUAUGGUUUCCCAAUGAUGAAAGAACGUUUAGUAGCUUGGUUAUUCCAAUUGGAAUAUCAAGAAAUGUAUAAUAAUAUCAUUCAAAUUUUGGAAAAACUUCAAAAUGCAAUCAAAGACACAAAAUCAUCAGAUUCACUUAAAAAGAUAUUGGGUAUCGUAUUGGUACUUGGUAAUUAUAUGAAUGGUGGUAGUGGUAGAGGUCAAGCCGAUGGUUUCACUCUUGAAAUUUUAGAUUCCUUGGCAACCAGUAAAGAUGUGGAGAAUAAAACCUCACUUUUGGAUUAUGUAUCAAAGAUCUCCAUGGAAAAGUAUCCAAAAACUAUGAAUGUCGCUCAAGAACUAGACUCUUUGAAAUUGGUUCAACUUUCAAUCUCUGAUAUGUCAACCGAUAUCAAUGAUUUAGAGAAACAAUUUAAUAUAUCCAAAAAUAAUUGUAAAAAAGUUUUAGAAGCAAAUAUACCCUCCUCUUCAAAAUUCCAAUCAACCAUUGGUUCAUUCUUGGAGAAAACUGAAAUCGAUAUUAAAAACCUUAAAGAAAAUCAAAAAAAUAUUGUAGAUUCUUUCAUUCAAUUAGUUGAAUUUUUUGGUUAUCCAAAAUCUUAUGCUACAACUGCCUCUUGUCAACAAUUCUUUAAUUCAAUCUACUCAUUCUCAUUAUUAUUUUCAAAACAAUGUCAAAAAAUUGAAAAAGAAAGAGAAGCACUCGCCAAAGCUUCUGGUGAUAAUGGUGCUGUUCAAAAUAAAAAGAUUGCUGGUGGUGCUGAUCCAUUAGCUGCUCUUGCAAACGCAAUUAAAUUAGGUCAAACUGGUUUAAGAAAAAGACCUGGUCCUGAAAAUUCAUCUGGAGGAUCACAAUUAAAUUUAAAUAAAUAA